GUUUCUGAAGCGAGACAGGGAGGAGGAUGAGACAGUCUCCUGAAGGCGCUGGUGACAUCGCUCUGCAAAUACCAAGUUGGAGCCCCGCGGAGGAAGGAGGGAGCCAAGAUGUCCGUGCAGCGCUCCCGCUGAGUCCCUCCCCGGUGUGCGCCCAGGUUCGGUGUGAGGAUUGAGCAGGAGCUGUCAUCCAAGUCUGACCGUCAGGGUAUCUCACCCCAUCUCCAACCCUUGGAAGCCCACCACAUGCCGUUUGACCCCCAGGGACAAUGUCCCUACCUAAAAUCCAGAUAGAAGAGACCCCGGACAGCACAGAUGCUGGCUCUGGAGGUGCCGUUCCUCCUGAUGAUCACCUGAGGAGCCUCAAGGCCCUGACAGAGAAGCUGAGGCUGGAAACAAGGCGUCCAUCCUACCUGGAGUGGAAGGCGAAGCUGGAGGAGCAGGCAUGGAAGAGCCCCCAGCCCGCCGAGGAUGAGGAGGGGAACGAGGCCAAAAAGGGCACGGAGGACAAUGUCCCUCUGAGAAAGGUGCAGCUGCACCUCAACGGGAGCCCUGCCCAGGACAAGGUGACACUUACCUCAGGGAAAAUAGGAGACUUCGAGAGCAUCGACGAAGCUUUGACGUGGCUCAGGAAGGAACUGGCAGAAAUGCGCCUGCAGGACCAGCAGCUGGCCAGGCAGCUGAUGCGCCUCCGCAGCGACAUCAACAAGCUGAAGAUCGAGCAGACCUGCCACCUCCACCAGCGCAUGCUCAACGACGCCACGUACGAGCUGGAGGAGAGGGACGAGCUGGCGGAUCUCUUCUGCGACUUCCCCCUCGUCAACUCCUUCAGCCUCUCCACGCCGCUCAAGCUCAUCGGGGUCACCAAGAUGAACAUCAACUCGCGCCGGUUCUCGCUGUGCUGAAGUGGGAAGGAUGAGGGAGAAAGAGAGAGGUUUUGGCAGUGCCAGGGCUCUCUCUGCCUGAUGGCUGGGCACUACGAGGCCUCGGAGGGGCAGAGGGAUCAGGAGCAAAUGGGGAACCCAUCGCUGGUCUUGGUGGCGGGGCAGGGCAGCAGAAUCUGGCACCAGGGUUGCUCAAAGAUGGCCAUUGAGAAGACAGGGCCUGCAGGAAGCACGAAGAGCAUCUGAGCCCAGCAUUUGCUCUCAGCCCGUUCUUUGGCAAAGUCCCUUCUCCCCUUUAUCCUCUCCCCACAGUAACAAAGAGGUGGGCGCAUCUCCAGUGUGGUUGUUUGUACUCAGAAGUCCAAGAGGAGGUUCAAAGAUCAGCCAAAAAGCAAGGGGAAAAAAAUCCCCUUUCCCUUCUCUAUUACCUUCUCCCAGGCUAGAGCUGUGGCUUCAGAAAAUGCCUCUCUCUUCCCUGGAUGUCUCCUCAGAUCUCGAUCUUCUGCCCCUGCUAGUCCAGGCAAAGGGUCUUCAGGGCUGCUGCAUGUGGAAAGAUGGUUUCCAGUGGAAAGGAUUCAUCAAAUGAGGGACAGCGGGUUAAAUGUAUCCCAAAAUGUGGUAAGAAUAUGUGCUUUCUGACAUGCUCUGUUGGGUCCAGUGUACUCUACCUUAAUUUUGUCUGUGGAAUCUAUUAUGGAUGGAUCAUGGACACAUUUCUAUAGACUCCAGGUGGCCAGAAGUCACUUGUGUGCCCUAGAAUUUAUACCCAGAGCAAUACGUGUUCCUGAUCUCACUGCCAGCCAUGGCCGCAAGACAACCUGUGGCUAGCUCCAAAAGUGGUAAGGUAAUGGAUGUAGUUUACACCGGUGAAAUCCCGUAUCAAAGAAGUCACCUUAGGCUGACAUUCCCCCAGAAGUAGCACCAGCAAAUCCUGGAUUCUCUGUAGCAACACACAUCCAUCAAAGAAAGGACUUUCAAGAGGAGAAAAGGGACUUCUGCGUAAUGAGCAUCGAAGUGCAACCGUGAAAUUAAAGGGAGGAAUACUGCUGCAAUGAGCUGCCAUCAGCAGGCUUUAGACCUGCAGCAGACACAUGGGAUUCCCUCCCUGCCAGGCAGUGUGUGAGAUGGAUGCUGUACUUUCUUGCCUUUCCGUGCACACUGCUGCACGCUAUGCUGCAAGGCUAGGGACACAAGUGGUCUAGCCAUGGCAGCCCUGGGACAGCUGGCACCAAGGCAGUCUGUCCAGAGGGAGUGUGGCUGUCUUUAGGCUUCAACACCUCUCAACCCAUCAGCCCUGCUCUCUGCAUUGUGCCAGUGCAGCUGAGAGAAAGCGACUGUUUCCAUGCAGCACCAGCUCAAGCUCUGGCAAUGAGCGGGACAUGCAAGCCAGCGCCGAGCUGGAAGCUGUGUGGCCGUGUGGAUGUGCCUCUGCCUGUACCUGGCCGUGUCCGUGAGCUGUGUGUGUGCAGCAGUAGUUUCGUGUGUGCUUGUGAGCCCGCAGGCUCACAUCAUGAAAGGGUUCAUAGCCACCUGGGAAUGGGGGCUGGUUUCAACCCCCUGCCUCCAGUGGCUCCACUGGAUGUAACCCCACAGCGAUGCCUCCCCUCCAGUUCAUAGCUCACAGGGUGACAUUUCUUCCUGCUAAGGAAGAAGAUAUUUGGGGGAGCACCAGAGCUCUAUCUGUACUAGUAAGUUAAGCAGUGUUGUUGUGCCUGAAUGUUGAAACUUGUACUACCCAGGUACCAAUAGGGUUGCGGCCAGACUGCCAGUUGGCCUCUGGACAAGACAACCAGCCGUGAUGCCAUUUAGUUUACUAGUAGAGAAAUAGCCUUAUUUCCCCAUGGACAUUUUGAAGAAAAAAAAAAAAAAGAAGAAAGAAAAAGAAAAAUCUCAUUAAAAUUCUUCUUUGUUUACUUUUUUUAUUAAAAAAAAAAAAAACUAUUCAUGUCUCAUAUGGAUUUUCAGAGGCAUUUUCGAUCACAAAUAGCAGUGACAAAUUUCAGUAAAAAUGAUGCCUUGGAAGAGGGGGACUGGCUCUCUCUAGGAUCACCUAGAAUCAAAUACAGAGCAUUCCUGCCUUUGGGUUUUUGUGUGGUUGCUGAAUGCAGAAGGUUAGUAUAAGCACAGCCUUUGGAGGUCAUUAUAUAUGGCAUUAGAAAUAGCAGACGUCUGGUUUCCAGACGUGGAUUUUCUGCAGCGGGGAUGGGGAUGGUUAUGACUGCCAGCUGUUCAUCGAAAUGCACAAUUUUUUAAUUAUAAAAUGAUGUCUGUAUUGAU